AUGGAGUUCGCCAAACUCCCCAAGAUUGGGGACGCGGAAAAGGAGAGCGAGAUGGGAUUUGUCCAUGGGGUCUCCGGACCAGUGGUGAUCGCCUGCAAGAUGUCCGGGGCUGCCAUGUAUGAGCUGGUGCGCGUCGGACAUUUCGAGUUGGUGGGCGAGAUAAUCCGCCUGGAGGGCGACUUGGCCACCAUCCAAGUCUACGAGGAGACCUCGGGGGUUUGCGUGGGGGAUCCUGUGCUGCGCACCGGGAAGCCGCUGUCGGUGGAACUCGGCCCGGGCAUUAUGGGCUCCAUCUUUGACGGGAUCCAGCGUCCCCUGAAAGACAUCACGGAGUUGACCAAGAGUAUCUACAUCCCCCGGGGCAUCAACAUCUCGGCCUUGUCCAGAGAGCUCAAGUGGGAUUUCAGCCCGAGCCCCAACAUCCGGGUUGGGAGCCAUUUAACCGGUGGGGAUAUUUAUGGAGUGGUUCAUGAAAACUCCCUCAUCAAACAUAUGAUCAUGGUGCCGCCCCGGUGCCGGGGCACCGUCACCCACGUCGCUCCGGCUGGGAACUACGACGUUUCAGACGUGGUGCUGGAGCUGGACUUUGAGGGAGCGAAGGAGAAACUCACGAUGGUGCAGGUGUGGCCGGUCCGUCAGAUCCGCCCCGUCAACGAGAAGCUCCCGGCCAAUCAUCCGCUGCUCACCGGCCAGAGGGUCCUGGACGCCCUCUUCCCGUGUGUGCAAGGUGGGACCACGGCCAUCCCUGGAGCCUUCGGCUGCGGUAAGACGGUCAUUUCCCAGUCGCUCUCCAAGUAUUCCAACAGUGACGUCAUCAUCUACGUGGGCUGCGGCGAGCGGGGCAACGAGAUGUCGGAGGUGCUGAGGGACUUCCCUGAGCUCACGAUGGAAGUGGACGGCAAGACGGAGAGCAUCAUGAAACGCACCUCGCUUGUCGCCAAUACCUCCAACAUGCCCGUGGCGGCUCGGGAGGCCUCCAUUUACACAGGAAUCACCCUCUCGGAGUACUUCCGUGACAUGGGGUACCACGUCAGCAUGAUGGCCGACUCCACCUCCCGCUGGGCUGAGGCACUCCGCGAGAUCUCUGGGCGCUUGGCUGAAAUGCCUGCAGACAGCGGAUACCCGGCCUACUUGGGGGCCCGCUUGGCCUCCUUCUACGAACGGGCCGGGCGUGUCAAGUGCCUGGGCAGCCCGGAGCGAGAGGGCAGCGUCAGCAUCGUCGGAGCGGUGUCCCCUCCUGGUGGCGACUUCUCUGACCCGGUGACCUCAGCCACCCUAGGGAUCGUCCAGGUCUUCUGGGGCCUAGACAAGAAGCUGGCCCAGCGGAAGCACUUCCCCUCCGUGAACUGGCUGAUCAGCUACAGCAAGUACAUGCGGGCUCUGGACGAACACUACGAGAGGAACUACCCUGAGUUCGUCUCCCUGCGCACCAAGGCCAAGGAGAUCCUGCAAGAGGAGGAAGACCUGGCCGAGAUUGUCCAGCUGGUGGGGAAGGCCUCUCUCGCUGAAACUGACAAGAUCACCCUUGAGGUGGCUAAACUGAUCAAGGAUGACUUCUUGCAGCAGAAUGGCUACUCCUCCUACGACAGGUUCUGCCCUUUCUACAAGACGGUGGGAAUGCUCCAAAACAUGAUUGCCUUCUAUGAGAUGGCCCGCCACGCGGUGGAGUCAACGGCCCAGUCCGAGCACAAGGUCACGUGGGCUACCAUACGCGAGAACCUGGGGAACAUCAUGUACAAGCUGAGCUCCAUGAAGUUCCAGGACCCAAUAAAAGACGGGGAGGCAAAGAUCAAAGCGUACUAUAACCAGCUGAAUGAGGAAAUGCAGAAUGCCUUCCGCAACUUGGAGGACUGAAAGGAGAACUGGACACCUUGAGUGAUCUGGAGCAGGACGUUGCCUGUUUUGGGGUUCUGCAUGAGCCCCAAUGAAAACCUCCUUGCUAAGGGGCUCCUUCUUCACGUCAUAUGUCG